AUGACAUUUUUCAAGACACUUAUCCUAGCGACAGCCCUAUCCAUCGUGUCAACCGCUGCGGAAGACGAAUGCCCUGCAGGCUGGCGCCUAAGCAUCUACAACGGCAACAAGUGCUGCCCCGGCAGCAUGCUCAUCGACAAAGAAGGCCCGUACUGCUGCGUCUACGACACGAGACCUUUCAAAGAAGCACUCGCUGACGCAGCAAAACUCUACGCUACCGCGACCACAACGGAUGGUACUGACUGGUCCACCUUCAGGAAUACUUGUUUGGUCGAGAUCCGUCUCACGGCCACCGACUAUUCGGCCCAGGUCUCGUCAGCGGCGAGCAGAGCUGAAGCUACCCCCAUAGAUAGUUCAACAAGUGAGGUCACCUCUACGAGCAAAGGCGCCUCUACCAGUCGGGCCACCUCCGAGCGUCAAGUCAGCUCCCCGAGUCAGGUCACCUCCACGGCUACCACGGAUUCUUUGGCUAGCUCUGGUACAGGAUCGCAAACGUCUUCUCCUCCUGCCACUUCGAACCCGGCUAUACCACUUGCUACUGGCCAGGGUGUGCUUGGCGGUGCGGCACUUGCUGCUGCGCUUUUCAUGCUGUGA